CUGCUCAUGCAGAUAACAGUCAGAGAGGCGCAUGCAUUCACAGAGGACUCAUGAGAACUCUAACCUAAUGAGGAUGAAAAUGAAGAACAAGCUGCUUUUCUUCUCCACCGUGAUGGUGAUUGUGUCAACGUUGGGUGUAGCGGAUUCUAUAUCAGCUGAUUGGAAAGCUUAUCCAACGACUGCGUGGACAACACGUGGUCCAGGAUUAAAUCUAAAUGGGAAAAUGUUCACUUUGUCUGGUUAUAGAGGGGGAUUAUGCUUCUAUUCACCUUAUCGGCCUUCCCCGUGGUAUUCCACACCAUACCCAUCCAGAAGGUUUACUACUCCCGACUACACGCCAACAUCAAAACCAGGAACUCCAGACUACACGUCUACAUCAAAACCAGGAACUCCCGACUACACGCCUACAUCAAAACCAGGAACUCCUGACUACACGCCUACAUCGAAACCAGGAACUCCAGACUACACGCCUACAUCAAAACCAGGAACUCCCGACUACACGCCUACAUCGAAACCAGGAACUCCCUACUACACGCCUACAUCAAAACCAGGAACUCCCGACUACACGCCUACAUCAAAACCAGGAACUCCCGACUACACGCCUACAUCAAAACCAGGAACUCCCUACUACACGCCUACAUCGCAACCAGGAACUCCCUACAUGACUGCAACAACUCUCCCGCCUGCAACAAAGUACACCACCACUUACCCUCCAUGGACUACAGCUCCCACCACUAGAGGUGUGUCUGUGUGUUUGCGGUACAUCACUGAUUAUCUGCAGACUAGCAGUCCCUCAAUCUUCACUCUCAGUCCAUCCAGCACCCCUCUGAGGCUGGACGUCAUGAACGUGGUCGCCUAUACGCUGACAUUCAAUGGUUACAACAGCAUGUACCUGAAGCCCAGCAUCAGGCUCAGGACAGACAUUGGACAGAGCAUGUGGACCAGUGUCUGCCUGACUGUGGACUCCAUGAAGGGGGUUGUCCAGAUGUUCAGCAACACAAACAUGAGCAUGAGGAAAGUGCUACCUUCUCGAUAUGUGUGGUCAGGUGAGCCUGUGAUUGAUUUUACAGGUUUUGAAGGUCAGGUGACAGACAUUGAGGUGUGGGAUUAUCCUCUCUGCUAUAAGCAAGUUCUCUACUAUAUGAGCAGAGGCACCUAUGGGCCUUACCAAGGCUCAGUGCUGACCUGGUCCAACAUCAACUACUCUCUCCGUGGAAACACACUUUUGGAGGACUCCUAUGAGCAGCAGAUGAAGCAGCCGGCCAACAGAGGGGCACGAGGACGUCGUCUGAAGGGGAGGAAGAUGGAUAGGAAGUUUUUCAAUAAUGGGGAAAUAAAUGAGACAAAGACACAGCUAAUUUAAUGCAAAUAUAACAAAAUAAGGCAAAAAGAUGAUUGAAAAAUAACCAUUAAAAAAGAAAUUAAUCAAUACCCUAAACAAUGAUAUAAGAUGAUAAACAAGUCUCAUUCACAGCUUUUACACAGCAAGCUAAAUCAGCUAAGUAUAAAAAUCUCCAUGCAUAUUACUCUUUUUUAUCCUUGAGCAUUAUCAAAAGAAUAAAAUUUCUGUCAGAAAACUCUCA